AUGGGUCAAAAAGAGUAUCAGUCACCGAUGAAGAAAUUGUUGUCAUGGGUUCGAAAGCAAUCGAAGAAAGUGAAAAUGCUUUUGUUUAUCAUCACGACAAUCACUCUAUUGGUGACUCUAAAAUUAGUUGUUCAUGAUCAUAACUAUUUUUUUGUAAUGGCUGAAGCUAUUCAUUUCCUUGGGCUCUUGAUUUUGAUUUACAAAUUGACAACCCUCAACACUUGCUCUGGCCUUUCGUUGAAGACUCAAGUGCUUACAGUUAUAUUUUUGACAAUAAGAUUAUACUGUAGUUUCAUCAUAGAAGGAGAUAUCCACACUGUGUUAGAUCUUAUCACCCUUGUGGCAACAUUGUGGGUCAUAUAUAUGAUGAAGUUCAAGCUAAAUGCAUCUUAUACGGCAGAUCGGGAUAACAUGUCCUUAUGCUAUGCGAUAAUUCCUGCCGCAAUCUUAGCCUUCUUUGUCCAUCCUAAUGUUAAAAGUUAUAUUCUGAUAAAUCGGAUGCUUUGGGCUUUUUGUGUAUAUCUGGAAUCCAUCUCUGUGUUACCCCAGCUUUGCUUAAUGCAAAAUGUUCAGCUACUUGAGCCAUUUUCAGCCCAUUACGUUUUUGCAUUGGGUGUUGCAAGAUUUUUGGGUUGUGCUCAUUGGAUUAUUCAGAUUUACGACAACGUUGGAUCACAAAUUUUCUUGGAUGAAAGUGGUUACUUCUGGAUUCCUAUGGUCUUUUUGGCAGAAAUUAUUCAAUCGUUCAUCUUAGCUGAUUUCUGUUAUUAUUACGUAAAGUGUGUCAUGAGCGGUCAAUUGAUCAUUCGCCUGCCAAUGCCAGUGUAA